AAAAAUGGAAAGAGAAAAGAAUGUUGAAGGUAAAAAGUUUAAGAAGUCUAAGUGCUUGGGUCGUACACUGCUAGUGUUUACACAGGUUUUGGUUGUAUGGGGACUGUAUACGACAUCAUUUUAUGAAAAUUCAUCAUUAUCAAUCCUAUAUUAUUUGAGAGCAUCUGCUUUUUGUUUUUGUGUAUUGCUGUCGACUUGUUAGAUCAGAGCUUCUAUUUCGGAUCCUGGAGAAGUUCGUUAGAAAAGUGUUCCAAUAAAGUUGUAAUUGGUUCAUGAAAUGUAUGAUCGAAUAUGUAAGAAAUGCAAUGCAUGGAAGCCACCAAGAGCACAUCAUUGCAAGAGAUGUAACAAAUGCAUUUUUAAGAUGGAUCAUCAUUGCGAAUGGGAAAAUAAUUGCAUUGGAGCUUUGAAUUAAAAAUACUUUGUUCUAUUUCUGUUUUACUUACUUUUAUACAUUUUAACAGUUUUGAGUAUUCACACUAUUGGAAUUUGCGAUUAUUGUUUGUAGUCAAAGAGAAAGAUUUUAUCAAUUAUGAUGACGAUAACAACCACAAAAUUUUAAAUUUUGAGUAUUCUUUUAUUUAGUUUCUGUUUUAUAAUAUUUGUAAGUCAACUGCUUUGGGAUUAAAUUACAGCAAUCAGAGAUAAUUAGACAGUGGUAGAAUCAAGACAGGGUAAAUUUGGUAGAUAACAAUCGUUCGUUAACAAUUUUAAACAAGUGUUUGGUGAUUCAGAAUGGUAUCAUUGGCUCUUACCAACAAAACCAAAACUAAAAUUAAAUUAUGCUGAACUUGUAUAUGCCGAAGAACUCAUUAAUUAAGGUACUCAAUAUCUAGAGGAUAUCUUGUACGAUGAAUCUAAUCCAGCUAGUAUUCACUUUGCAGAAUUUAUGUUGGAUAACUAUUCUAAAUAAAAAUAAUGA